AUCGUGGUGUGUACGGCCCUUAGUGAGAAAUAAAAAGACCACAUCUCUCUAUUUUUGUGUGUGCUGUCUCUGGAGAGAAAGAAAAAUGGUGAGUGAAAUCAGUAAUGAAACUGAGAUUCCGGCUCCGGCGGCCAAAGUUUGGGAGCUUUAUGGCACCGUUGAGUUUGCAAAAUUCCUUCCACUUCACCUCCCCAAUGUCAUUGAGAAAAUCGAGUUUCUCGAAGGCGAUGGAAGCGAAGGAACUCUUCUCCAUGUCACUUUUGCUCCCGGUUUAGGUGGUGCGAGAUACAAAGAGAAGUUGGUGAAGGUGGAUAAUGAGAAGCGUCUAAAAAUAGCACAAAUAAUGGAAGGAAGUUACCUAGAUCAGGGAUUUUCUCUUUACAGGUUUUGUUUCCAAAUUAUUGAGAAGGAUGAAGGCAGUUGCAUUGUAAAAUCUACAGUCCAAUAUGAGUUAAAGGAAGAAGCUGCUGAAAAUGCUUCUCUGGCUAAUGUUCAACCUUUGAUAGCCAUUGCUCAAGCUGCCAAAAAUUACUUCCUCAAUAGUCAACAGCCUAAAGAUGAUGCAUAAUCCAUUGAUAUGAUUAUGAGUGUAUUUGGGUUGGCUUUUUAAGUGUUUCUGUUUGGAAAUAAGUCACUCUGCUAAAAUAUGUAAUGUUUGGCAACUACUUUGAAGACUUUAAAUGAUGAGUUUGAGGGCCCAAAUUAGUUAUGGGCAUGAAAACUCCUAUGAAGUGUUUGUCUUUGUUUUUCUUGUUUGCCUGAAAAUUUAGUUAGAAACUUACUUGGGACAAGUAAUGGCUAAAUUUUGUGUUAAGUCUCAUUUUUUUGGGCUUCUCAAACAUCUAAAAGAGUUAUUGAUAGUUUUUCA